GCCAGCUUUUUAGGCAUGUAUCUUGCACCAUGCUUGAUGAGGGGCGCUAGGAUAGGAAACUAGGGCAAUCCGUUGCGUGGUGGGCUCUAAGCAAACCAAACUGCGUUGCCGCGCGUGCGGCCUGUGACAAAACCGACCGCAGCACCUCAAACAUGGCUGCGCCCGACCUGCCCAUCACGCUCUUCGCCGACGACAGCGCGUCGUCGCUGCAGAAGCUCCGCGACGGCAAGGCGCUCGUGCGGUGCCCCGCGUGCCUGACGAAGCUCGACGGAUUCGUCGAGGCGUUCGGCGGCGACGUCGCGUUCGCGUCCGUGUGCCUCGACGACCCCGAGUUCGCCAAGGAGAUCGUCGAGGAGCACGAGUGGGAGCGCAUGGCCCACGCGGGCAUGGACGCCGAGACGAAGGAGCUCGCCAAGGCGCACUGGGGCUUCAAGGCCGUGCCGUACCUCGUCGUGCUGGACGCGACCGGCGAGACGGCCUUCGCCGGCUCCGCGCUCAAGGUCACGGCCGAGACCAUCGAGACGGCCCUCGCGGGCAAGGAGAACGCCACCGCCGCCGCGCCGCCGGCGAACGCGCCCGCCGCGCCCGCCGCGCCCGCCUUCGCCGCGCUGUCCCUCGACGACGACGACUUCUGA